UUCCACCUGCAUUCCUGCAACCUGGCUGCGGCGUGGCCGAUGUGCGAGUAUGCGGCGGUGGCGGGGCCUGCCGGGGGUGGCGGUGGCAGUGCGUGUUAUGCUGCCGCCGCGGCCCAGACGCCCGGUGACGGCGGGGUCGGCGGCGGCGCCGGAGGAGAGAGCGUGCGUAGCCAGGGAGCGGCCGUAGGGGCGAAGAAGGGGCGGUGCCUGGAGAGCGGGACAGCCUCUGCAUGUCGCGGUGCCUCCUCCGCGCGAGAAGGAAAAGUGAAAGAAAGGCAAGAUAACAAAGGACAAGAUAAAAAGGAAAAAAGGAAAUGGAAUAAAAGAGAAGGCGAAGCGCAAGUGAAGAGACAGAAAGGGAGGAGAAGUGGAAGACAAAGUUAA